AUGAGUGAACGAAUCAUAUCAUCAAAGAUUGAUGCUCCUUUUCAAUUAGGAUGUAAGGCCCCUGAUUCAUCUCAAUCUAGAGCUAAUGCUGGAUUUGUGGUGUUAGCUCGAAAUUCAGAAUUAAAUGAUGUCAUAAAAUCAAUCAAAUCAAUGGAAAGACAUUUCAAUCAAUGGUAUAAUUAUCCUUGGAUAUUUUUAAAUGAUGAAGAAUUUAAUGAUGAUUUUAAAACUACCGUUCAACAAUAUACCAAUGCUAAAGUUGAAUUUGGAAAGAUCCCGAUUGAAGAAUGGAAUUUUAAAUCAAAUGUUGAUAAACAAGAAUUUAAUGAAUAUAUUCAUGGUCAAGGAGAUCGUGGAAUAAUGUAUGGGAAUCUAGAAUCGUAUCAUAAGAUGUGUCGAUUUUAUUCUGGUUUUUUUUAUAAACAUGAAUUAGUUUCAAAAUUAGAUUGGUAUUGGAGAGUUGAACCUGAUGUUGAAUUUUAUUGUGAUUUAACUUAUGAUCCAUUCAUUGAAAUGGAAAAAAGAGGAAAGAAAUAUGGGUUUACAGUAUUGAUUCAUGAAUUAUAUUAUACUAUUCCCGGAUUAUUUCGAGAAACCAGAUCAUUUAUCAAUAAACAUAAUAUAAAAGUGGGAAGUGCUUGGAAUUUAUUUAUUCAUGAUUCAAAAUAUACUAAUGGGAUUAAUCAAAAUGAUUAUGAUAAUAUUAAUAAUAAAUUUGAAAUUUUAAAGGAAUUAGAAGAGAAUAUUAAUCUUGAAAUCUUUUUAAAAUUAAAAAAGAAGAAAGAAAAACAUCUUAAACGAUUUAAUCCUGAUUUAUUAAAGAAAUUAACUAGAUUAAGUACUAAGAAACCAUCUUUAUAUGAAGAUAGAAUUGAUCGAGAAGAAUAUAAUCUUUGUCAUUUUUGGUCAAAUUUUGAAAUUGCUCGAACUGAUUUAUUUACAUCACCUGAAUAUCAAAAUUUUUUUAAUCAUCUUGAACAAAGUGGUGGUUUUUAUAAGGAAAGAUGGGGUGAUGCACCAAUUCAUUCAUUAGCAGUAGGGAUGAUGUUGGAUUUAAAAGAUAUUCAUUAUUUUAGAGAUAUUGGCUAUAGACAUUCUACCAUAAAGCAUUGUCCUAAUGUUGGAGUUGGAUGUCGAUGUCGAUGUCCUUCUAAUCAUCGAGAUAUUGAAGAUAGUUCAUCUACAUGUAUGAAUAAAUGGAAAGAAUUAACUAGUGAUACAUUUUCACCUUUUGAACCGAUUGAUUUAGAAUAUUGGGAGAAAGAGAUUACGAAAAGAGUUGAGAUAUAUUUAGCUAAUGGAGGAGAUUUUGGGUAUAGUAAUAUUGUAGAAACAUUAUAUGAACAAGGAAAGUUAUAA